UUUGGUUUAGUUGGUCUAUCUUUGGUUUAGAAAAUCUUUGCCCUCCCUGUACCGGACAGAUUCGACGGACCAGACUGCAGAACGAAGGCGAUUGAAAGUAACGUCAUUUCAACACAAACUGAAAGAUUAUUCCGUGUAUGCCAAAGAUGGUCAGACAUCACUCCGGACCUCCUCGGUUCAAGCCCAGGUCCUACUCGGAUGGCUACAACAACAUGCCACACGAAGAGCAUUACAGCCCUCAUCUCAGGAGUCAGAGAGGAUUCCGGGGCCACCCAGGAAAGGCCCCUCCAAGCUGGAGAGAUUCCAGAGGCAGAGGACACGCUCACUUUGCCAAAAGUCCCACACUGAUAGGAGAACGGCGGGAGCGACAAUUCAAUCAGUGGAGGUCCCAAAACCAGGAUUCCUUCAACACAUGUCCCUCUCAAUCGGAGCCCCAUCAUGGCCACAGGAGGGCACCCCCAUCCAGGCCAAACUGUCCUCCCCAAGCCCAGCAUAGGUCCUCCCCACACAGUCCUGCACAAUGGCACCAGGGCCAGAGGGGAGCACCUAUCCAUGGACAACACCCAGGUCACAGAUCACCCUCACCACACCAUUACCAACCCCCUGACAGGAGGCCACCACCCUCACCAUCCCCCCACAGUUCCUUCAUGGGCACCCACAAGCACCCAGGUCCUUCCCAUGAAGAGGAUAGGAGCUGGGGUGCCCGGCCGCACCAUAGCCCCGGGAAGAGGUUGUUUGAGGGCCCAGGUCGUGGGGGGAAGCGCUGGAAUGGGCCAGGGCCCUUUCCCCACCCACACAAUAGUGAACGUGGACCUUCUGGCACCGCCCAGAAAAAUCCACGGGAGUUUCAUGGCAGAGGCCCAUAUCCAGAGAGGUGGUCUGCUGAGCGAGAUCCCAGGCAACAGCAUGGAGUGGUGGGAAGGGAGAGGGAGGGCAGCGGACGCCGCAGCGCUGAGUGGGCACAGGAAGGCAGCUCUCACCACCCUCCCCACAGAUCCCCCGCAUGGAAAGGCGUUUCAUCUUCUUUCUACCAGAACAGCCCGCAGGGAAGACCAAGUGGACAACCUCACAAGCGGAAUUUCCAGGAGUGCGGACCAGGCCUUGGUCUGGAGCAUGGUCAUCCAAAGUGCCCUCGGAUAGAGAUCCCACAAUACUUCUCUAGGGGAUUUGGCGGCCGUCCCUUGUCUCUCAUGGACAAGAGUCGCUUGAUGAAGGGGCGUAAAAUUAGAGCGGAGUCGGUGAUGCGGCUCAAAGCACCUCCACUUCGACCCAGAGGAGCAGAUAUCAAGAACCAUGAAGAGCAAUUUCCGCAUGCGUCCAGAGAAAAUGCACAAUCCAAGUUCGCUCUUCGGCAGGAGCGUUUCCAAGCAAAGGCUGAGCCGCUGAGGAAGAGAGCCAUACCUCAUCAGUCACCUGCCAAGUCUUCCAGGAAUUCUGAGUCACACAAGGAACAUGUGGACUCUCAGCGCGCCUUGAGCACACACAGCUCUUCCUCUAUAGACCGACGGUUGGCUUGUGACCUAGUCGUCGUGUCCCAGUGGCAAGCGCCUGGGACAAACUCCAGCUCAAAGGACAGCCCCCCAAGGGAUAGAAGUAGACCACCACAGAACAAAACAGAGCCCUAUUACAAUUCUGAUGAACAACUUACGCUGAAUGAACGCUUCUCUAAAAUUCAUGACUCCAGUCCUUCCCCUUCUCCAAGAGACUGGAGAUAUGCAGAAAGGCAAACGGACAAGCCACAGGAGAACCACACGCCUGAAAGACCCUUCAGGAAUCCAAGACCACCUCAGAGACCCAGCUUCUGUCCCAGCAGCCCAAAUCAUAAACCAGGUCCUCCUCCCCAGAGAAAGCCAGGCCCUGAUCUGCCUGGUCCCUUUAGGAAGCCACUCAUGGGAGGCGUUGUGCCACGUCCCUUCUCUCAGAGGCCAGUGUUCAGAAAGAGCCAGAGCAUCCUAUCAAAAUACCGCAACAUGCCGACGAUGCGUCAACGUGUACCACCCAACAGAGGGUCGAAUUACCGCCGCUGGUGAUCAAACUAGAGGGACUGACUGCACAGAUCGGGGUUACACACCCUGGCUUUGGGCUGCCUCUUUGUCUUGGAGGUGGUCCCCAGAUGGAACUGUCCCUGUGCCCAUCAGAAAAACCAGACAUAAAAUGUUGAUUUUUAUUACAUAAGAUGUGUUUUAAAUAUAGAGAAUAGGCCAUCUGUUUCUAUUCUUCCUGACUAGUUAUUAUGGACAUGGUUUUGUGAUUUCACAACUGUGUUACAGCUCUCAUAAUAUGUAAAUUAGGUAAUGGUGACUUUUCUUUUUAUAUUUUCCAGCACCACUUUUUCCCCGAUGCUUAGAUUUUUUUGUAUGUUUUUGCAGUAAAGGGACAGUGUUGAUCAAGCCUCUGUAUUUCACAUGAACCUCAAUACUAUGAAUUGAGUCACUUCAGUUAAAAAGGAAUUUUAGUCAAUGUGAAAUGAUAACUAGAUCUCCCCAGUCCCAUGGACGGUACAUCCCAAAAAGGUACUACGGAGCCUCCUUCGGCACAAGAGAAAACACCACAUAAGGCAUGUCCAGCCAAUUAUUUGAAAUAGCUUAAAACAAAUGUUCAAAUGAGCAGGACAUGCAAGGGGCAUCAGUAGUUUUUACAGGUUGAGAAUUAUAAAAACUUGACCACACACAUUUGACAGAGCAUCAUAUUCAACAGCCCCUGUGGAAUAGUCUUUACGGCCACUUUACAGCAAAAGGAGAAACAUGAAUAAGCGGUGAACAGUCUAUAGCUGGGAAAUUCUAGACUGAUUCUGAUUUAUGGAUUCAAUAGUGUAGCUGGUUUGUAUGUAAAUUGAGUCUUGCUGAAAAUGAUAUGGGGCUUGUAUGAUUUCGUUUUGUAUGAGAUAAUACUUUGGCUUGUGUGUUAUGGCUGAGUAGAUAAUUUAAUCUGCCAAAUUAGCUUCCCCCUACUCCUGUAACACUGUAGAUGAGAAAAUAGGGGUACAAUCUGAAGAAAAUAAAGAACCAUUUAAAACA